AUGAAGGAGGAAGGCAUUGGGAAUCUGGGAUUCAGGGACCAGCGACUUGCAUUGCAUUGGAUACAGGAGAACAUUGAUGCUUUCGGUGGAGACCCUAGCCAGGUUACCAUCUGGGGGGAAAGUGCUGGUGGCAAUAGUGUUGGCACCCAAUUGAUCGCUUACGGAGGACGGGAUGAUGGAUUAUUCCGUGCGGCUAUUAGCGAGAGCGGCAGUCCAAGCACUUACAUUCCUUAUCAGACACCUGAAAAGUGGCAGCCAUACUAUGAUGCAGUUGUAGAUGCGGCCAACUGCAGCUCGGCUUCGGAUACCCUACAAUGUCUCCGGAGCAUUCCAACCGAGAUCCUGGUCAGUAUAUUUAACAACUCGACCAUUAUCCCGGCUCAUACACUCUCGGGCGUUGAGGGGCCCCAGUUUGUGCAGGUGAUUGAUGGCGACUUCAUACAAGAAAGUGCCACUUUGCAGCUUGAGCAGGGCAAAUUCGUCAAAGUCCCAUACCUAAUUGGCGCUAACACGGAUGAAGGAACCAGUUUUGCCAUCCGUGAUAUCGACAGUGAUGAGCAGUUCCGGGAAGUUGUGUCAAAUUGGGGCCUUGACAAUGCUACUGUGGAUAUUCUAGCCGCACUUUACCCUGACAUCCCGCAGAUCGGUAUUCCGGCAAUAAUGCCAGGAAGACCCCCAGCUGGAUAUGGAAAGCAAUACAAGCGUGUCGCCGCCUUCCAGGGAGACGUGAAUGUACAUGCGCCGCGCCGACUGGCGGCUCAGGCAUGGGCUCGUCAUGAAGUACCUGUUUACAGUUAUCUUUUCAACGUUGUCAACAAUUUGAACGGGCCGUAUGCGGGAGCCGAUCACGGUGCAGAAUUGCCUUACGUAUUUCGCAUUCCUCAGUCGUUAGGCAGAGGUGACCACCAGCUUAUGAAGGCUCAGUCCCAGCUUGCUAUCCUGCUGUCGAGAUCCUGGGUCAAUUUUGUCGCGACAUUGGACCCGAACCCUUCCGCAAGUUGA